AUGGAACUGUCACACGAUGGGAAAUGUUACAAAUUGAUUACAGUUUCAUCAGACAUAAGCUCAAUUUGCGAAGCAGAUUUUAAAGAUAGCGGUACACUGUAUGCUGGUUAUAUCAUCGAUUUUCGAACUGUCAAAGCAGAGGAUAUUAUAAUCAAAUUAGCAAAUUUUUGUCAGUUAAUUCAGAACCCCAAAGUUUCGUUCGCCUGGUUAAACUGUACUUUUUCAAAGUUUCUCGAGAUAAAGGAGCGGCUGACAAAGCUUUUGAAGGACAAUGGCGAGGUGUCUUUACCUACCAGAAAUUCAACGAUCAUGAAACUUUCAUCACAUGACCCGCUGAAGUCAGGCGCUGAAGCUUUGAGAACAAGCAUUGACCUGCUGAGCUUCGGCAAAAAUCUCCUCGAUAUCCAACGUUUGAUGGAUGCACAUCCAGGGCUAUUACAUGGAAAGUUUCAAUUGAGCAACAAUUUAAAGAGGAAAAGGAAUGAUUCCGGCGCAACAUCUAAUGAUCCACCCGUUGGUUCAGCGCCUUACAGUGACAGCCGUCGCCCACGAAAAGAGGUUUUUAAAGCUCUAAAAAAGAUGCAAAAAGAAGUGUCUAGCGGCCCCAGUUGUAGCAGCCUUACCUACUGCUAUAUGUGCAAGUCAGAGUUAACCUUAGAUGACCUCUGUGACGAAUGUUGUAUUCUCAAUGGCAAAAUGAAAAGAGUGUCGUGUGAUUUACAAGGAAGGUAUGCUAUUGUUACCGGUGGGCGAAUCAAGAUUGGAUUUGAGACGUCUCUACGCUUGCUGAGAGAUGGCUGUUUUGUAGUAAUAACCACUCGAUUCACUGUUGACGCCACUCACAGGUAAAGUUUCUUUCUCUUACUACUGGUCACGCAUCCUUGGUCACGCACCCUGGGUCACGCAAUUUGGGAUACGAAACCAACCAGUCAAAAAAUUGAUUGAAAUAUUAUACAGUCUAUAAUUAUAUAUUAUACAGUGUAUAAUUAUGUAUUAUACAGUGUAUAAUAAUUUUUUUGGAAGUUUGUAGUCUAAAAAUUUUAAUCAAUGAAAGUGAUUGAUUGACUAUAUCAACUUUUAAAAACUAGCAAGGUUAUGCAAUUAGCAGUCACAGUGCCCAGAGAGCAACCCUCUAUUGCGAUAUCUAACUUAAAUUAAAACCUCAUCAGAUCAUAACUUUUGCAUUAUCCUUGCAGUGGUCUCUCACAAAAAGCUCUGGCCCACAAAUUUUUAGUAGCAUUUCUCAAAGUAUUUAGGUAUAAAUUUCUAGUUAUUUUCCUUUGAUUUUAGGUUUAGCAAAGAGAGUGAUUUUGAUAUUUGGAAACAUAGACUGAAAAUCUACCGCCUUGACUUGCAAGACUUGCGAUCAAUUGAAGAGUUUCUCGAGUGUGUUAAAAAGACCAUCCCCCAUUUGGACAUCUUGAUCAACAAUGCAGCACAAACAAUCUUUCGACCCUUCCAAUACUAUCAAUCAUUGAUCUCUAAUGAAGUAAUGCAGUUACCAACUUUGUCAAAAGAUUCCUCCAACCUGAUGGCCUGCGAAGGUCAGACUCACAAGGAACUGGUGUUCCACGGUUCCAUUGCUCCAGUGCAUUUUACAAAUUCAACUUCUAACCAAUCAGCUCUUCUGUGGGGAAGAACAUCAGGUGAGUUCCCAGAUGGCCAAAAGGACGAACAUGGUGAGCAGUUGGAUUUACGUCCGCGCAAUAGCUGGACUUAUAAUCUGGAUGAGGUUCCUUUGCAAGAACUAUUGCAGGUAUCUUUCAAAUUGCUUUUUAUACAUCUUGAUGUUCAUGUUCAUGUCUAUUACUAAAAUUACACUAGUUUUAUUCCAAUGCAAUUUCCUCAUUUUGAUCAGCUGAGCUAGACUUAUAAAGACGGUUUUAUGACAUAUGUUUUAUUGCUUGUAAUUUCUUUGUCUUAUGAGAAAUUUCUGCAAUUUGAUUAGCUUAGAGCAGUGGUAUUUCGGCUUAAUUUGAGAUACCUACAUGUGGAAAUUACAAACUGUUUGUGGGUAGCAGUAUAAACAAAUAAUAGCAUGAUUUGUACGUGAUAUUUGGCAUAAAUACCACUCAUGAUAUUUCAAAAUUGUCUGAAAUUUCACUCGCCUAACGACUUGUGAAAUUACAUAUAACAAUUCUGAAAUAUCACUCAUGGUAUUUUUGCCAAAUAUCACUACAAAUCACAAUCAUGCUACUACCUAUACUAAUAUUUUGCGAUACAAUAUGGACGAACACCCUUUGAGACCAGAAAAUAAUGUCCGCUCUAAGGAGAGGUCUCUGCCUAAGGGAGGUUCAAGCUUAUUUUCGAUUUCUGUCAGUUCUGACAGCUCAAUGGGUUUGUGUUGGGGAUGCCUAUCUCUUCUUUCAUUGGCUAUUACGAAGUUGCGCAGGAAACGGAGUUAAAAUUCAUCCACCAAAACAGUCCCACAGUGCAGUUCAACACAUCACUGACCCAGGUUCAAGCGCGCAACCUUAAAAUGGCCAAUAGACCUUUUUACCGAUACGGCGGCCAUAUUGAAUUAAUUUGAUUUAAGGAGUAUUAUAGGAUGCCCAGGGGGGCAUAAACAUAUUUCGUUUGUAUUUUUGAGCACUUUUCGGGACAUUUUUUCUUAGUUUUCUUAGAAUAAGAUUGCAAUGGGAAAAACGAUCUUUGUGCCGUGUUUGGAUGUAAUAAUGAUCGCCUUUUUUCCGAGAAAUAUACAGUGAAAGAUUAUGUUUCUAUUACUAAACUAGAAAAGGGCGAUCAUUAUUAAAUCCAAACAUGGUACAAGGAUCUUUUUUCCCAUUACACUCUUAUUCUAAGAAAACUUUAAGAAAAAAAGGUCCCGAAAAGCGCUCGAAAAUACAAACGAAAUGUGUUCAUGCCCCCUGGGCAUCCUAUAAUACUCUUUAAAUCAAAUUAAUUCAAUAUGGCCGCCGUAUCGGUAAAAAGGUCUAUUGUGACUGCACUAUCUUUCUACUCCGGGCCAGCCCCCCACUCCCCCCCAACUCCCUCCCUCCCGCCCCCCACCCUCCUCCCCCACCCCCCCCCGCUCCUCUCCCCCCCCCUCGCCUACCUCUCACCAAACUUCCCCCCACACACCUACUCCACAACGAUCACUAUACGUCACUACUACNGCCGCCGUAUCGGUAAAAAGGUCUAUUGUGACUGCACUAUCUUUCUACUCCGGCCCCGCCCCCCUCCCGCUCCUUUAUUCUUACUUCAGGCAGCCUUACGAGCUGUUCACAUCCAGCCGGCGAAUUUAUCUACAGUUUAAAAACAGAGAAUUAAAAUAACAAGCCAAAUUUGUAUCAUCUGCGGUAAUAAAUUAAGAUUCGUGUGCGGUCGAGGCAUAUGAGAAAUCCUAACUUUUCGCGCAUCCUGUUUCUUAAAAUAACUUGAAAGCUGGCACUACGUAUACUUUCUUAGAAAUAAGGCCUGUUUGUCUCGAUAUGGUCCAUUCGGAGCAAACGAAGCAAGCUUGUACUAGACAAAAUGGUACAAAUAGUCGUUAAUCUUGAAGCAUAUGACAUCGUUCUAGACUAUUGGUCGAGUUGAUCAUACAUUUUACAUGAAAGAAAAAAAAAUCUUGUUAAACGGCAUCUUAUAAAGACGAAGUUUCAAUUAGACUUUACUUUAUUUGUUUCAAGGUCUUCGAUCAAUUCUCUCUAUUAUAUUUUGUCGACUUUAACCUGUGUUUGCUCGGCUCUGGUGGAAACAACUGUUUCACAUCUUUUUCGAGUUGUAGGGAGCAUUAAUAAACCAGCACACUAAGACUUUUUAAUUUUACCUAUGAUACUCUAGAAUUAACUCAGCCAUGGCUCUUAUAAGCAGAUCUGUCGACUCCACUUUAAGCUUUAGUUUAAUUUCUUGUAUUAAGUUUUGAGCGUUUUUUUCAUUUCAAAAACAACAACGGUUUUUUUCGCGCGCUUGCACGAGGUCUAAGUCUGAGCCUUGGGAACUUCUUCGAUUAUGAUGCGGGAGACGGAAUUCCAACCUGUGUAUGCGUCGACGCUUCCGGAAUAUCCGACACAGUUACCGACGCUAAAUCCAACUCGCACCCUCCCCUGGUGAAUGUUGUUACAGUGUCCCUCGAGUUGACGGACCCGGUGAGGAUUUUCAUUUUUGAUGCUUAAGUAGACAACACCGUCGAUGGGGAGUGGACCUGAGCAUUCGGCGCCAUUGAAAGUGAAGUACCACCGCUUGCAACAGUUUACACAACCAGCUAUUCUUAAAGUACCAACCCAGACCACUCGAAGAGCUGUUUCAGAGAAGUUUUUGGUAAACAAACAUUCCUGCGUGAUAAAAAAAAAAAAGAUUGUUCAAAGAUAUUAAUUAUACCUCAAAGUUGUGAUCAACCAAAAGGUAUUAUUUGAUUUGCAUGCCUCUGUUGAUCUUGAUACAAAUCAAGUGGGAUGAUAAAUUAUAAAAAGGAGAUUAAACAUUUGAAACUAUUGGCCAGCUAUUAGAAUUCACUCACUUUUGAUUCAGAUCUUCACUUAUCGUUUCAUUUCGAUACAAUAUUCGGGCCCAAUUUGUAUGGACAUUUACAAUGGCUCGCUUUCGUCUCACCAUUGUAAAUACUCAUACAGAUCUGCUGUAUUGCUGUAAAAAGGAAAUAAUUCAGAGGGUCAGCAAGGGUGGUAAAGUGGUGAGAGCAUUCGCCUCAGACCAAUGCGGCCUAGACUCGAACCCCUCUGAAGUGGCGCCAAGGCAUAUUUUGCUUAAGUUUGUUUUUGGUUUCCACCCUUGCCCUGAGACGUUUUUUUCUGACACUUCGGUUUUUCUCCUGUCCUCAAAAACGAACAAUUUCAAAUUCAAUUCGAUUCGGAAUUGUUGACGAAAAACCACAGUGUACAUUCGCCAAUACUAAGUUGAUUUAUCUGUUUAUGUGUGAUGAUUUAUCUAUUAAUUAAUUUUUUUUAUUUGUCUAUCUUACUGCUUUUAUUACUUCUACUUCGAUAAACGGUAAAGGACAGUUUCAGGAUGUAGGUGAUUACUUUGAAUAUUACUGACGACAACUUGCCAUUUAUGCAAAUUUUUCCGCAAAAUAGGGUUUUUUUUCUGAAAGAGGGGGGGGGGGGGGGGGGGGCGGGGGCUUAUCCCAGAGUGACACAAACGGGCCAUAGACCCCCACCCCAUACACGAUCUACACAAAACCCUUUAUACACCCUAUUUCUCUUCCAGUUCUCCCGUUUUCCAAAACCCCCUCUUCCCAGUCUUUAAAAGCCCCCAUCCGGGUUUUUUUUUUUUUUUUUUUUAUGUUCAACAAAAAUACGGUAUAUUUUUGGGUUUGAUUUUUUUGUUUUGUUUUUAUAUAUUCUAAUUGUCUAUCUUUUUUUUUAUUUAUGUUGUUGGGAGGUUUUGGUGUUUUGGGGGGGGGGGGGGGGGGGGGGGGGGGGGGGGGGGGCUGAUACUCGAGUGACACCAACAUGCCAUAGACACCAUCACCAUAGAUGAUCAUAACACAGACCUUGAUUAAUCCAUUGUCUCUGUCAUCGUUCACGUUUUUCCAAGCACACUCUUUCCAGUUCUUGAAAGGCAUCAUACCGGGAUUUCCAGGCUCUCCGCGCUCCCCCUUUUGACCGGGAGGACCCUGGGCGCCAAGUUCUCCCUUAGCACCAUCCUUUCCAGUUGCACCAGCGGGACCUAUGACACCAGGAAGACCCUGGGGGCCAACAAUCCCCGCAAUUCCCUGGUCUCCUUUGGCUCCGUCUCGUCCGUCACGGCCGUCGCGGCCUGGUGGCCCAGGCGUACCUGGCUUGCCAUGUAUGCCUGGAAUGCCGCCAUAACAUAGGCGAGUAGACUGGUGAUACAAUUGAAAAGAGUGAAACGGAUCGAACCCUCAUUACACAAAUGUUUUAUUUAUCUCUUUAUAAUGCUAUUGUUUAAGGAAGCUUCCCAUAACAACUGCGGGAAUCUGCCAUCGCAGAAAUUGCUUUAAAGAUCUGCAAUAUGUACAUUGUUAUCCAACACUUACACCAGUCUGGCCUGUUUUGCUGCUACCGUCAAGGUUCGCACAGAAUGUAGUCAUACUUGUUAAUAAUAACGGGUACAAACACAAAACUGAGGUCACUUGAGUUCUCGCCAUCGAUGCUCAGUUGCCUAACGAUAAAUGAGACAAAAAAAAAACGACGUACUAGUUGAGUGGAAUGCACUGUGUUGGAACACCGUAAAGGACAGCUGCCCCUUGGAACUGUUUAUAACAAAAGGCCAGGUCAUGCGCGAUUAACUGGUUACUCGGGCUGGUUCGCGCUCCAUAAAAUCAGGUAGAUUUUCUUGCUAAAAAAUGCUGUCAAGCUUUUCUUCUUCAGGCCAGUUUUCGUGGCACCCUAGAGGCUAAGCUUCAUAUAAUUCCUACCUAGGCAAAUCGAGAAAUGUAAUAGUGACUUUUUUUUCUGUUAUUUUUUUUUUCGUAUGUAGAGCUUGCUCAGAUUGAUAUUGGCUUUUGAGGUAAUCAAAUAAUCGAUCGAUUUUUGUAGAUAAUUUUACAGGCGGCUUAGAGGCCUCUAUUUUAUCGGUGUAGUGGAUUAUACGGGGGUUACUAUAGAAUUUUUAAAAGAAGGUGUGGGGCAGGGUGUCACACCGUGAUAUACCCAGGCCACUUACGAGAUUGUUAUGUCAAAAUCCAUAUUUGUUUAACUAAAACUGACAUUUUUUGGAUGUUCAGUGAACGUGGGAGAAGGACAAACCUGCACAAUAGCUGCAUAAUGUUUAGAUGAGUCGUGUGGCAAGAAGGAACGGAUAUGUCGUCUCUAUAAACUAAAUUUAGCCCAUACAAGAACCGCUGACGAAAGUACCUUGAUCAGUCUAUAACACAUUUCUAGCGUUUUUGUGGAAAUAUGAAAGAGAUGCCCCCCUCCCUCCCUCCCCCAGCUACGCCCCUGGAAUUUUUGAACUCUGAUAUUGAACUUUGAGCGUAUGUUUACAAGAAGAUCGGUAGAAAGAAAACUCUUAAAAAGAAAUUAAAUUAACUCAGUGAACUCGGGCAAUGCUGGAGAAAUCGAAGACUAUACGCUUCCGCUGGGAUAAUUGGGUUACUCCCAUGAACUGUGCUCGUAAAUCACAACGCUGAAGCAUGACAAUAUCUGCCAAUAUUUGCUUCAAGAAAAGUUUUGCCCCCGUUAAGUUGUUUUGGAAUGUGUACUAAUCGUUUGCCGACGUUUGCACGCAGUUAAGGCAGCUGUUUUAAAUAAACCUCACAUCUGCCCUCUUCAAACGUCGUUGAUUUAUACUACUGCAAACUACAGUACGGUCUGUUCAUGCCGCAGUGCCCCGUUUGAUAAAAAUGGAAGGCUAGGCUCAAAGCAAAAAAUGGUGACUUGUGCAAAUUACUUAAUAAGUGCUUAAGUUUCAAAUUUAUUAAUAAGGUGUAUUUGACACCCUGACGCUUAGUCACUUACCCUUGUGGUUCCUUUGGCUUCGCAAUGUAGCUGGCUUGAGGCGAAACAGUCGAAUGGCGCUUCUGACACACCCUAUUAUAGUUCAAUUGACCAAUUAGAUAGCGACAGCGACACAAAACGACAACGCCAAUACUGCAGGUUAUUUUUACUCGUUAACAGUCGCCUACGUGACGCGCAUGGCGGGAACAGGCUGAGUGGUCCACUGAUAGGCGACUGGUGAUGAGUCUUGCAGGUAUUGGCUUUAUUAGUAAUGGGGCAUUUUGUUUUGCUGAACCGAUGCGAAAGUCAGUGGAUAAAAUAAAGACCAUGAUCAUGAUUUUUCAAUAUACGGUCAAAUAUAGACGAACUAUUCUUAGAAAUAAGUUCUUAGUGUAGUGGAUACGAGCUUUCAAGAGAGCACUUAAAUCGAGAACGCUUUAUUACUGAUAACGUUGGAUAAAUGUAAAAACAUAAAGCUUACUGCAACUUGUCUCGCAUCUUAAAUAAUUCCAUAUGAUUCUCAUGCACUUUGGAAUAAAUAAGCAUUUGCAAAUUGAUUGAAUACCGCAAAUUUUGUCAGUUACUCUUCCUUCUUUAUUCCAAAUUGCACUCGACAUUAAGUGCAGGGUAAUUUGCAAGUAGAGAACGACAGUGAGAAGUGAUACGAGUUCUAGUUUGUGAAAAAAAAACCUGUGACAUUAAGAUGCAAUUUUCUCUAAAUUCAGUAGAGAAAAAUGAAAAUUCUGCGCAAAAAGGUAUACAAUUAUAAGUAUAUCUGUCUGAAUUCGUUAAAACGUGGCAAAUAGGUUUCCGCCUGGCGCCGGAAGCCAGUUUGGUCUUCAGAAAUUGAGAAGGCUUGCCGUCUUAGUCGACACAGGCAGAUAGCCCAGUGUUAAACCUAACAGUGGAUGGGUAGGGGGUCUAUUUUGACAAAAACCUUUCAGUAAGGAGCUGUGUUUACCAGAGGCUUUGACUGGCAAGUACCUUUUCAGUUCCCCUUUGCCCCAAACAGCACAAUCAGGCCUCUGCUGACAAUAAUUAUCACGAUAAUUGUAGAGCUCAGGGAGAUGCGCGGACAGCCACCCACCUCUUGGUUGGGGAGAUUGGAUUCUUGGUACCCAGGACGUACUUAGCUGAGGACCUGUAGCGGCUCAUUGAGGCCAUGUUUACAUAUAUUCAGUCAGAUAUAUAUUUAUAAGAACCCGAUUUGAGUCCUAUUCUUUGCAUCGUUUCCCAAAAAUGCAUUUUUCUAUAUGAGAAUGGAGAAAUUUUGUCAUGAAUAAGACUUGGGUGCUGGAGUCCUUUUUAGUACCUGAAGAUUGAUGCGAUCUAAACAACUGUCAAUGACUACUGCACCCUGCGAGCAUAUCCUCUUUUUGUUUUCUUGAGUGAGAAGGAAAAAAGGAGACUCUUCCUGAAUCGCCGCAGCCCAAACUUCUGGAUUAGUCAAUCUUGUUCUCUCUCGUCAAAACGGUUAUUUCGAGUGCGAGUAUCCUUCUAUUGAUAAACCGAUAAUCAUAGCUGAGCCCGCUGUACCAGGUUCACGGCUAUAAGGCCUGGGUUCGAAACUUGUAUUCUAGCAACAUGUAGUGCAUGCUCAACAAAGAUCUCACGCGAAUCAUGCAGUGUCUUUCCUGUGUACGCCAAAUUUAAAAGGCUUUGCUGGCAGGGUGUGACUGCUGAUACAAAGGCGAAGUAUCAAUUAAGAUGUUACAUUCUCAUGGCUUGCAGGUUCUGACUAUCAAUGCAGUGGGACCUUUUAUUCUAACGGCAAAACUCAAACCACUUUUGAAACAAAGUCCGUUCGAGCGCAAGUUCGUCGUGAAUGUGUCUGCCAUGGAAGGUCAGUUUUCUCGUGUAUCGAAAGGACAUCGCCACCCUCACACCAACAUGGCGAAAGCUGCCCUUAAUAUGAUGACACGAACAAGUGGGUUGGAGUACCAAAUGGAUGGAAUAUAUAUGACAGCUGUGGAUACUGGCUGGGUAACGGAUGAACGACCAUUUUAUCAAUCUAAGUAAGCAUUUGUUAGCUGCUAACAGUGCACCACGAGGGGAGGGGCUGGAGAAAGGAAUCAUCGGCCUCGUCCCCAGGAAUUUUUCGUUAAAACAUGACGGGGGAGGCGGCACUUAGUCUCACCUCUCCCUUUUUCUAAGGGAAAUCGCCUGGGCCCGGUUCCUCGAAAGACGGUUAAGUUUAACCUAGGAUUAAGCCAAAAUUUAAGCAAGAUUUUCUCGUCUAAGAACAUGCAACUCGAGCUUACUCGAGCUUACAAAAUACUGUUGAGCCUUUUUUGGGCAAAUCUUCUCUAAAAGGGAAAAGAUACUUACCAAUACAAAUUUGGUAGCGUCAAGAAAUAUUAUAAAGGAAACGGCCAUACUUCCGGUCGACGUACGUCGCUCAAAAACGUCUCAGUUGCUUAUGCUCCCUAACGCGUCAACAAUUUUGUUGCCGAUUGUAGGUCCGCAAGGCUUCCAGAUUAGGCUCCUCUUCCUUAUCUCAAUGUCUGGAUGAUCUCUAUAACUGGUUCUACAAAUGUUGGACGAAUCUUAUGGAGCAAACUUGGAAUAGUUUUAAGAGGCUAAAGCUCUGAUCAUACCCCUGCCUUAAAGAAAUAUUCCCUUGGAAACGUAGGCUACAGAUAGUUUUUUGAAUGACUUGGUUAAACGGUCCCAGAUUACCUUAUACGAGUAAUGAACAAAUCCUGAACCAAAAUUGGCAUGGUACUUUAGCGAAGCGGCUGUGACUUAAAUCAUGUCCCCCCGGGAAUAGAGAAAAGUUCCCAUUAGUUUUUUGGCAACAGCUCUCAUCGUUUCGUUAUUUCUUUCAAGGCAUGAAGCAGACGCAAAGGGAUUCAAACCGCCUCUUGAUUGCAAGGAUGGUGCUGCCAGAGUGUAUCACCCAAUUGUUCAUGGUCUAGACCCCAGCAAUUCUCCCUACUUUGCUGUCUUUUUAAAAGACUUCGGUCCUCACAACUGGUAAUUGCAUUGUAUCCUGUCCCAUCUUCAAUUUACCUUGAUGGUGGGUUCAGACUACGAGCAAUCACGGAAUUCCCUACUGCGCAAUCAUAGGAUGCCCGCUCAUGUCAACCUGGUUCUUUCUCGAUUCCAACUUCACUGCAGGAAUAAAUAUUAGAGGA